CUAUGAGCAGUUAAAGGUGGUACAAAGAUGUGACACUUAUAUUUCCCUACGUCCUCCUCUUAGGAUUUGUCCAAUUACCAACUAUUUUUAUUUAUUGUUAUAAAACCAUACAGGAAGAACUUGAGGCGCUGUAUGGGGACAAAUUGGGCGAUUCAUCGUCAACCUUCACUAUGAACGAUAUUGCGGGCAUCCUUAUCCGUUGUAUUCUAUGCUGCUGUUGGAGUACAGAUUAAAAACAGUUGAAGUCUUACGAAAUAUAUUAAUUUAUAUAGUUCAUGCGUCCAUUAUUCAAUUGCAACCCGUGCCUAUGUAUUUUGAAAUCUAUGUAUAAAUACAAGCAUUACUCAGUUAACUUCAUUACCUCAUACAUAAGUUUUAGCUGACAGAAAAUAGCGAAUCAUUUUGACGCUUUGCAAUGUUCUCCAGUAUGGGGUCUGUUUUAACUAAGAAGCAAAUAAAUUAAGCCAAUUACAAGUGUAUCAUACACAACAACUAAUUCAAGUCAAGCCAAUAACAGGUUUUCUAUGCGUAUAUUAAUCUUAUGCAAAUGAAUAUAUAACAGCCUCAGGCAUUGCAAAAAGAAAAGUGAUUCCAUAAAACUUUACUUUUAUCAUUGUGACGGAAGACGAUUGUACAAUUUUUUGCAUCAGGUGAAUUCAUUUGUAAAUUAUACAUCGGUUGAAAUAUAUUUGGAAUUCAUUAGAUUUACAAAGAAUUGUGCAAACACGCUCACAGUCGCGUUUUUUGUUUUAAUUUCUAAAUAAACUGGUAAGAUUGAACUCGGUGUUUACUAUGUAGAUCAUUAUGUCACUUACUUAGAAUUAUGUAGGCAAGAUUGUAGGCAGAAAUAGCAAAAUGGUUAAUCGUAACAAGGUAGAAGAAGGCGUAUAGCAGCGCUGGUAUUUUCCAUUUUCAUGAUAGAUAUCUGCAUUGCCCGAGUAUAUUUUCAUUACUUAUUAAGUAGAACUUUGCAAACUACCUUUUCUGUAUGGAGCACGUUGAGGUUCAUUGUAUGACCAUUUGUUUAAUUUUAAAUAGAGUAAAUUGGUAAUAUUUGUGUAGAUCACAUUUUGGCCUUUCUGAACCUUUCAAAUUAAUGCAGCGUAUUAAACAUGACACCAUGAGCCGUCACGGAAUUUUCGUGUUAUUUGUAUUAAUUUCCAUCAGUGUUCAUGUGCGCGUUAAUGGAAAAGCCGUUUCCAACGAGGACGAUUACUUGGACGAACUGCUUAAAGAGUUUCAAGAAACACGGAGUAAAACUCUGAAAAAAGUACCAAAAUCUGAAGAUGACGAGAAUAUCAUAGCUUUAAAUGCUCAAUAUUUGAAGCACGAUGGUUGCAACUGUACCAAAUUCUUCAUGUGCGAUGUUGGUUCAAAAAAAUUAAACUCUCACGAUGGUAGUUCGGAGGAGGAAGGUGCUGAUUUGGACUUGAUUAAUAUUCGUCUGAAUGUGCCUCAAGGGGGAUGCCCCCAUUUCCUAGACAUUUGCUGCGAGAAAAUAAGGGAGCAGCGUCCUUUACUAGUGCCCACACCUCAACCUGUCAAGCCUGUGAAGCCAACCUGUGGAAAGCGUAAUGACCGUGGUGUUGGGUUCCGAAUAGUCGGAGGUAAAGAUAAUGAGUCGCAGUUUGGCGAAUUCCCGUGGAUGACGGCUAUAAUUGAACUCAAACAACCAAAACACCAGGGUGGCAAAGUUUUAAAAUCAUUCAUAUGUGGAGCAUCCCUAAUCCAUCAGUCCGUCGUUCUCACUGCGAGUCAUUGCUUACGAAAUAAAACUGCGGACACACUUCUAAUCCGAGUUGGAGAAUGGGAUACCCAAACUACUUCCGAGCUGUAUCCUUACGAAGAGGUCCUGGUUGAUCAGAUAAUUAUGCAUCCAAAUUUCGUAAUGAAGAAAACAAUAUUGAAUGAUAUUGCAUUGCUUAUCCUUAAAAAACCAGUCCAAUUAGCUCCAAAUGUCGCUCCAAUAUGCCUGCCUUCCUCCUCGGUAACUACGGACUUUGACGGAGAGCGAUGUUUCGCAACAGGGUGGGGAAAAGACGUUUUUGGAGCACAAGGAGUUUAUCAUUCCAUUUUGAAACGUGUCGAGCUUCCAAUUAUACCACGAAGAGAUUGCCAGGAACGACUGAGGGGGACAAAACUGGGAAGUAAAUUCCAUUUGCACGAAUCAUUCAUUUGCGCUGGCGGAGAAAUUGCAAAGGACACUUGCAAGGGAGAUGGAGGAAGUCCCUUAUUUUGUAAAGUCUCAGGAUCCAGUCACUACGUUCAACUUGGGAUUGUGAGCUGGGGUAUCGGGUGUGGCAAUGCAAUUCCUGGCGUUUAUGUUAAUGUUCCUCAUUUUUCGCCAUGGAUAGAGCAAGUUCUAGAAUCGUUAGAUUUGGGAGAUGACAAAAAUGCGUUUUCCAAACCAAUAUAAAGUGCAACAAAACGUCCAUAACAUUUAUGUGAUAGCCAGUGAUUGUACAUAUAUAAAUAAAUAAAUAAGACAUAAGACCCAUG